GAUCAUUUCCGCCCAUCGACGGUGCAGCGGUGCUAUUCGCUGCGACCUCAGCAGCAGAUAACGGCAUCCGAACAAAUGGCGGGGUUUCGCAAAUCUGCAGACAGAUGUGCCGCGCGCGCGCGACGGCAGCACGUGGAGAGAUAGGGCCAGAAGUUCAGAUUAUGUUUCAUUUUCUUGUACUCCUGCCGUUGCCUACCACAGGAGAUGCCACACCACUCCGGCUCACAGCUUCAAAGCGUGAUGUCGUCCGACUGCAACCUCACCUCAUGCCGUCCAACCCGAUCGACGACUUGGGAGGCGAUAGGCAGGCCGGCCCAGUGGCCGGCCAGUGGCCAGUGGCAGUGGGUCUGGCCAUCUUCACAUCCCAGUCUCUCUGGUGGGGGAGUGAAAAUGCAUCUUGGAUGCUUGGUGAGGCGCAUGUCUCUACCAGAAGCGGCAUCAAAAAUUGGCUGGAACAGUGCUCUGCAAUGAAGCGACACUGGGAAUGACGGAGAGUUGCAAUGUUGAAGUGAGAAGAGACGAGAAGUCGUCGUAAGAAGAAGACGAAGUUCGCUCGUGCAAGACACUGCCAAGACAAUCCAGCACGGACAUGGAAUAUCGAGUGUCUUGGCGUUCACUUGUACCUCCUACGGACUCCACGCAGCAUACGCCAUUCUUACUGACCUCUCUGUCC